GUCGGCCCCGUUGUCGUCACUGGCGGCUGUGGAUUUAUCGGCUCUCAUAUAGUCGAAGGUCUCCUCAAAGCCGACCCUUCAUGCCAGAUUCACGUCAUCGACCUUGACAGCAAGCACAAUCGGAUCCACGGCGCCACGUAUCAUGAUUGUGAUAUCGCCGCUCUUUCGGAUGUUGAGGCUAUCUUUCUCGAGAAGCGCGUCUAUACCCUGACCAAGGUUGAAGCUGAGGCCGAGGUCUUCGCCACCAAUCGCCAGGACGGCAACUCUUCGAUGCUGACCGUGUCCAUCCGCCCUGUAACUGCCUUUGGAGAGCGAGACAACACUUGCAUGGGCAAGACCGUUGCCACGUGCAGGGCUGGCCGGACAAACAUGCAGAUAGGCCCCGGAAAGAAUUACUACGACGUUGUCUACGUCACGAACCUCGCAGAUGCACAUAUCCUAGCUGCUCAGGCCCUCAUCCGCGCAUACAGCAAACCUCCUCCACCCCUCGAGGCACGUGUGGACGGCCAGUCCUUCAUCAUCACCAACGAUGAGCGGAUCUUGUUCUGGGACUUUCAGCGGGCCAUUUCUGCAUCCGUUGGGCCUCCUGUCAAGCAGGACGAUAUCAAGAUCAUCCCUCGUUGGGUCGCCAUGUUGGCAGCAGCCUUUAAUGAGUGGAGCACCUGGAUCUUAUCUUGGGGGACAAAACAGUCGCCCAAUACUAGGGAAGCUGUCCAUUUGUCGACAAUCACCUGCACUCUGAAGUGCAACAAGGCGAAACGUGAACUUGGCUAUAAGCCAAGGGUUAGCAUUCACGAAGGCUUCGAGAAAGCUGGCAAGUGGUUUGUCGGGGAGGCUAAAAGGACAGAGGAAACGAAGAAGACUAUCUGA